UCCUCCUGUACCGUCUCUCUUUCACUCUCUCUACAGGGAAGGGUGACAGUUGGUGACAAGUCCCGGCCCUCCUCUCCCUCUCUCUCCCCCCCCCUCCUCCAGUGGGUAUUUCCCACCUGUGGAGGGGGCCGAAGUGUCAGAGCACAGACUCACUCAGGGAUGGGUGAGCAGCAGCAGCAGCAGCAGUGUCACAGUGACAGCCCCACACUGCGCGCUCUCAGCAUUUCUGUGGAUGAGCAGAAUGUCAUUCCCGGCGCCCUCAGCCUCAUCCAGCAGCUGAGACCGGACUGGGACCCUCGCAAUGUGCAGACUAAGUUGUUCACUGAUGGCAUCACCAACAAGUUGCUGGCCUGCUACGUGGAUACAAGUAUGAAAGACGCAGUACUAGUGCGCAUCUAUGGCAAGCGGACUGAGCUGUUUGUGGAUCGUGAGGACGAAGUUACAAGCUUCCAAUUGCUGCGCACUCAUGGUUGUGCUCCUGAGUUAUACUGUACUUUUCAAAAUGGCCUCUGCUAUCAGUUCAUGCAUGGCUUAGCACUUGGACCAGAACACGUGCGCCAACCUCAUAUAUUACGGUUAAUUGCGUCUGAGAUGGCCAAAUACCACUGUAUUCCUGCUCAUAAUGGCUGCCUUCCAAAAGCUGCAUUGUGGCAGAAGCUGAACAAGUAUAUAUCCAUCCUGCACACUGAUGAUGGAGCCCAGGGCAGAUUACCAGGAGAGGUUCCCAGCUUGAAGGUGCUGGAAGAAGAAUUUAUCUGGCUGCAGAACUACUUGCCAUCCCUCAAAUCCCCUAUAGUUCUUUGCCACAAUGACUUAUUAUGUAAGAAUGUAAUCUACAAUGAAGAAGAAGGUUAUGUCCGGUUUAUUGACUAUGAAUAUGCUGGCUACAAUUACCAGGCCUAUGACAUUGCAAAUCACUUCAACGAAUUUGCAGGUGUGAGUGAGCCAGAUUAUCGGUUGUUCCCUGACAGACAGACACAACUGGAGUGGCUGCGCCAUUACUUGGGUGCCUGCAAAGAGCUGAAACAAGAGGAAAAGGAGUUACAAGACAAGGAAGUGGAGGAUCUAUUUGUCCAAGUUAAUCAGUUUGUUCUGGCAUCUCACUUCUUCUGGGGUCUUUGGGCUCUAAUCCAAAACAGAUUUUCAGACAUUGACUUCAAUUUUGCAGGGUAUGCUGUAUUAAGGUUUAAACAAUACUAUCAUGUGAAGCCUCAAGCAACAACACUGCGACUCAGGAAUAAGGAAUAGAUUAUUAUUGGAAAGUAAAAAAAAUUGGAUGUCAAGGAAACUGUUGCAGGUUGCAUAGAACCCUCCUUGGUAUUGCUGCACCCUGGAAUCUAUUGGAAAUUGCAAUUUUGAUUAAUAAGAAUAUUUGACCUCGGUGGUGUCAGAUGUGGAGAAGUGCUUUUAAUUGCUAUUAUACCAGAAGGUUUGCAGAAUAUUCUCUCUAGAUUGUCAUAUAAACACUAAGGGGCCAAUCCAAUUAUGUGCGAUGGGUGCAAGUUGCCGUUGCUGUGGCACCUGACCUUGCACCCCUCACAGCCCAAUUUCAGCAUGAAUUCUCUGUGCAAGUUCGUUAAGUGCGGCUGUUGCCGCGCUGACUUGCAGGUGCGAGAAACUCACACCAACUGGAUUGACCCCUAAAUUAGGAUCGUUCACAACACAUCAUACCUUCGAACGUUAGACAGACAAAUGAGGGGAAAUGUAAUAGGUUGAUUUUGCCAUGUAAAUGGGUGGUCUUCAGUAUGCCGGCAGUCGGGCUCCCGGCGACCAGCAUACCGGUGCCGGGAGCCCGACAGCCGGCAUACCAACACUUAUUCUCCCUCGUGGGGGUCCACGACCCCCCUGGAGGGAGAAUAAAAUAGUGUGGCGCGCGUAGCCACCGUGCCCGUAGCGUGGCGAGCACAGCGAGCCCGCAAGGGGCUCAUUUGUGCUCGCCACACUGUCGGUAAGCCGGCGGUCGGGCUCCCAGCGCCGGUAUGCUGGUCGCAGGAGCCCGACCGCCGGCAUAUCGUAGUGAACCCAUGUAAAUGAUUGCCACUUUAAAAAAACAGGAGAAUUUGAUCAAAAUCUCUCACUUUCUGAUUCUCACACCCUAUUGCAUUUCCCACAUGGUUUUAAAUAGCCAUGAUAGUUUAUCUGGUGUCAUAGGAAUAUACAAUAUAAUUAUAUUCACAUCACACAUCAGAAUUUAACUUAGUGUUUUGGCAAGAGCACAUUUUGACAAAUCACAAAGUGCAAUCUGCAAACAAUGGUUUUAUACGUUGUCAUUGCACAUGGAUGUUUGAAGAUGGGCACCUACUGUAUAUGGGACAUCUCUCCAGUGACACAACAAAGUCUACGUUACAGUUUAUACACUGGGAACAGCAAAUAUGCAUUCAAAUAGAUGACUUUGCUCAUACAGCUUGUCAUUGUGACAUGACAGAACAAUAUUCUGCAAACAGCUCUGUGUGAAUCUGUACCAGAAAGCCUAUAGACAGAGUGGGAAUGCUACUGGAAAUAAAUGAUUGCCCUUAUAUAUUUUUUUCCAAUUAAACUGGUCUUAUACACUUUUAAUCUAAGAUCGCGUCUGCCGAAAAAUAAGGUUUGUUACAGCCUCCGUCAAACAGUAUUAUAAGCCACAUGUAAAAAGUAACUAUUAGCACAUACAGUCAGGUCCAUAAAUAUUGGGACAUCGACACAAUUCUCAUAUUUUG